AUGGACUUCCAAAAAGCCUAUGACAGAGUCAAGUGGAACUUUGUUGAUAUUGUGCUAGAAAAGAUGGGGUUCGGCAGAAUAUGGAGAGCAUGGGUUACAGAGUGUAUUAAGACAGCAUCUAUCUCCAUAAUGGUCAACGGGUCACCGUCGAAACCGUUCAAGAUGGAAAGGGGGCUGCGGCAAGGUGAUUCUUUAUCACCCUUCCUGUUCGUUCUUGUUGUAGAUGUGUUGAAUAGGAUGAUUGGGGAGGCGGAGGAAACAGCGAGAAAUUACAAGAGACUAUUGAGGUAUUUUGAAGUGAUACCCGGUUUGAGCAUUAACUUUGAAAAUUCCAGCUUGAUUCUGGUAAAUUACAGUCAGGAGUGGGUGGAUCAGAUGUGCGGGUUACUAGGGUGCCAGGCGGCAGCUCUAUCGGUGAAGUAUCUGGGUAUUAACCUAGGAGCAAAUCCAAGACUGGUAAAAACAUGGAAGCCGGUUAUCGAUAAAGUAGAGGAGAAACUUAGUUUAUGGAAAGCAGAGAUUCUCAGUAAAGUAGGAAAGUUGGUCUUCAUUAAGUCUGUUAUCAAUAGCCUACCUGUCUACUAUCUGAGUUUGUAUAAAAUACCAGUUGCAGUAGCGAAAAAAUUAAUUUCAUUGCAACGGAGAUUCUUUUGGGGGAAGGACGAUGGAAAAGGUGGGUUAGCUUUUGUAAAGUGGGAGUUGAUACAAACACCGAAGAAACUAGGAGGGCUAGGUGUGGGAGAUACCAUGGUUCGUAACACUGCUUUAUUAUUCAAGUGGUGGUGGAGAUUUUCUAAGGAAGACUGCCCAUUAUGGAAGAAGGUUGUGUGCUCAUGCAACAAUCUGAACCCGAGCCAGUUGCUAUCUACUCAAGCUUUACCAGCAAAAGUGGAUCCGUGGAAUGACAUAUGUAACCUGCAAAUAAAAAAGCAAAUUGUCAGACAAAAGAUGAUUGAUGGACUUGCUGUGAAAGUAGGAGAUGGUAGAUUAACCAGGUUUUAA